AUGAAUGUCUCCCUCGCAAAAGGGCUGCCGGUCGAGCCCUAUGACUUCGAGAUGUGGCGGGACUUAAGGCCCUUUUUGGAGGAGUACUGGGUAACCUCCUUCCCCAUAGUUCUGAUCUACCUGCUGCUCAUCAUUGUGGGCCAGAGCUACAUGAAGACACGAAAGGGCUUCAACUUGCAGGGGCCUCUCAUCCUCUGGUCCUUUGGCCUUGCAAUCUUCAGUCUCCUGGGGACAGUUCGGAUAUGGAAUUUUAUGGGGACUUUGCUACUUACAGAGGGCCUAAAGCCAACGGUGUGCUUCAGCAGCUACAGUGACCACACCAUAAUCCGAUUCUGGUCCUGGAUCUUUCUUCUCAGCAAGGUUGUUGAACUCGGAGACACAGCCUUCAUCAUCCUGCGUAAGCGACCACUCAUCUUUGUGCACUGGUACCACCACAGCACAGUGCUGCUGUUCACAAGCUUUUUAUACAAGGACAAAGUGCCCUCAGGUGGUUGGUUCAUGACCAUGAACUUGGGUGUGCAUUCUGUCAUGUACACCUACUACACUAUGAAGGCUGCCAGACUGAAGCACCCCAGCAUGCUUCCCAUGCUCAUCACCAGCCUGCAGAUCCUGCAGAUGGUCAUGGGAGCCAUCUUUGGCGUCCUAAAUUUCAUCUGGAGACAGGAAAAUGGAUGCCACGCCACAACGGGACACUUCUUCUGGUCCUUUAUGUUGUAUGGGACCUAUUUUAUCCUCUUUGCUCACUUCUUUCAUAAAGCCUACCUCAGGCCAAAGGUCAAAGCCAAGACCAAGAGCCAAUGA